GCCGGCUGGUCACGGGCAGCGCACACACCCUCAGUUUGGGCACCUCCUGAACCCGCGCGUCAUCCGUUAGCGUCCCCACAACCACGGCCGUUUUGUUUCCCAUCCAGGAAGCUUCAUCUUCCGGAUCAUCCGGGAAAGGGACAGAGGUGGCCGACUGGUGCGACUCAUCAACAACCUCUUCAGCCCAACCUGGUUGAAUGUGGAGGUAGUUCGUCUGGCCAGUAACCUGCACAGCUUGACCAACAGCUUCAGAUGCAGUGAGCCAGGCCCAAGGACGUCCUGGCCACCCCGACAUACCCCCCAACAUCUACGAGGGGGGCCUGGGGUCCCCACAGCCACAGUGCCCCAGUGCCCAGGGAAGCAAGCCCAAGAACUUCCGGCUGCGCCACCUCCGAGGCCUGGGCCUCUACCUGGAGAGCCACCCACCACCCGCUGGCCAGUGUGAGAGCCACUGGCUGAGCCGGCUCAUGGCUGGGGGCUGCCUGCCACAGCCUGAGGGCACAGCCUGGGCCCUGGACCUGCCACAAGGGACUCUGGGCCCAGGUAACAGCCUCUGCUCAGCCCUUCUGGAAGCCCGAUUGCCCAGGGACAGCUUGGGAAGCAGUGCUUCCAGUUCCACUAUGGACCCAGACAAGGGUGCCCUCCCCCAGCCUGGUCCUUCUGAGGGCUUGGGACUCAGGCCCAAGAGGUCCUGGGGGGCCUGGGAAGAGGCGAUGUGUCCCUUGUGCAAGAGAACCCGCUCUGGGGCCCUGGAGAGGCUAUAGGGAUCCCAAGUGCCAGGACUGGGGACAGGAGGGGAAGGAUGGCCGAGGAGGCAGCCCGAGCAGGAGGCGCUCAGCUCCCGGCAGUGGCCCUGCCACAUGGGGUGGCCCAGGCAGCAGCCCAGCGCCCAGGCCUGGGCCUCGGGAGAAUGUGAUGGGGAGUGGGAGGAGGAGGAGGUCCCGAGGGAGGGGCAGAAGCAAUAGAAGUAUGGCCAUGCCCUUGCAGCCCGCUCAGACUCCAGUCAGCCACUUGUACCUGGGAGGCUGGGCUGAGGGGAUAAUCAGGUCCCCCUGCCUCCUACCUGAGAGGCCGGCGAGCCCACAGGUCUGAUCUCAAUAAAAGCCAAGGCCU